CCAUCCUCCGAAAAUAAAAAUACUCCCGAACAACAAAACCACCAUUAUCUCAAAAAAAAAAAAAAAAAAAAAAAAAAACAUCGCCGGCCAAUACAUAUAUAUUUUCCUUAUCAAAAUUCCGAUAUCCCAUCUCAAUUUGAUCCUCAAACAUAUGAACCAUCAAUGUCGGCGGCAGACCAAGCCACGGCUGCAAUAGCAGCGCAGCUAGCCUUCUUCGGAGAUGGUGCAUUCCUCGGCAUAGCUCUAGCCUAUGUCGCAAUUCGAAGCUUCUCGAAAUUCGUCGCCUCCUCAUCGGCGCUUCGGAAAAUCAAGGACGCUCCUUCAGUACAAGUUUCUGAUCUUCGGUCCAUAAUUAACGAUGAAGCCGGCACUGGAUAUGGAGAAGAGAGUGUUUCUGAGGUUUUAGUAGUGGUGCGAGGUAUGGUGGAGUCCAGGUCGGCGUUUAAAGGAGGGAGUUGGAAGAGUUUGUGGAAUGGUGUUCUUCAAUCCAGAGGUUCUGGUGAACGUGGUGUUAUUGUUCAACGCUUUCAACAGUGUAUAUACAAUGAAUGGAGAGGACUUUUUGGAUGGUAUCCGGAUCUACGUGCUGUCUUGGCUAACAUUUGGAGAGAUAAAGGUUCUACCUCGAUUAGAAUGGUUCCAUUUGUUCUUGUUGAUUGUCGUCAACAACAGCCUUCGGAUUAUGUGGUGGUCAAUUUGGAAGGUUCGAAACAUCUCUUGCCCUUGACGACAGUGUACCAUCAUAUUCAACCAAUUCAAGCUUCACCCUACACCUUUCUUCAGGCACUUUUUGGAUAUGAUUACCCUGUUGGUGUGCUUGAUGAGGAGAAAAUUCUUCCAAUCGGAAAGGAGGUAACAGGAGUUGGGGUUUGCUCCACGAAAAAUGGAGUUCAUGAGUUAAAAUCUUGUGAUGAUCUUCCUUUUUUUCUAACUGAGUUGACCAAGGAUCAAAUGCUCAUAGACCUCUCUUUCAAAACAAAGAUCUUACUAUGGAGUGGUAUUGUUGUGGGCUCAGUGUCGAUUGGCAUACUUGGCUAUGCAGUUGCUAGGAACUGGGUUAAGUGGAAGCAAUGGUGGGAGCGUAGGAGAGAGCAGAGGCAAAUGCGUGCUAGACUUGAUGCUGAUGCUGAUGCUGAUGCUAACCAUGGCAGCAGCAAUCCCGAGUCAGAAGAUGUAGAAGAAGAGGAAAUGGGAGAUAUUCCUGAUGGACAAUUGUGCGUUAUCUGCCUCAUGAGGAGGAGGCGGUGUGCAUUUAUACCAUGUGGACACCUCGUUUGUUGCCAAAGAUGUGUGUUUUCAGUUGAACGAGAUCUAGCACCAAAGUGCCCUGUUUGCAGGCAGGCUAUCCGUGGUUCUGUCAGGGUAUAUGAUACGUGAGGUAUAUGCGCUUCUCCUAGAGUUAGUCUAAAAGACAGGAAAUAUUUGUGCAUGUGAAUUCUAUCUGAUUUCUGUUCUUUUGAUAUGUACAUAAUAAUACUUGUAUUUUUUAUGUCGAGUUAAUCACCAUUCGUUCUAUAGAAAUUGAUCCAUAUAAUUUUGUUUACCUAUGCUGGCAAAUGGGAUUCAAGACUCAAGUGGUCUUGUAUUCUGUUAUCGUCAUCUACCUAUGGCUAUUAUUCCUUUUAGUCUAGUUAAGUACUUCAAAUUAAAAUAUUUUUUGUUUCGACUCGAUGUGAGUUAAUCUAGCUUUCAUUUUCAUAGUCACAACUUCAAGUUUUCAUUAAUAUUGUAGUGUAUUAU